AUGGAUCCUGAACUUGCUGACGCAGACUUUGCUGCCUACCAGCAGGUAAAAGGUGCAAUACCAGCAUCAGCGCAAAGGACCGGAGGAGAGUUGCCGCAUGCGGCCAAUGAACCGUUCCCGGAUUCCCACACAACGCGUCUCCGCCCUCUCCACGAACAGGUCCUUAGUCAGCUGCGUCAGGUCAAGGAUCCCGACAUAGGACGUGACAUUGUGGCACUUGGAUUUGUAAGAGAUCUGGAAAUAGGUGAGGAGGAGAGGGGAGGGAGAAAUGUCAAAUUUUGCCUAAGACUCACCACCCCUGCCUGCCCUUUCAAAAGGCAGAUUCAAGACGAAGCAAAGUCUUUGGUGAAGUGCUUACCGUGGGUUAAGGAGGUGGUGGUUGGCUUGGAUUCCAUGGCUCACAGCCGAGGUGCUUCAUCUGGACGACCCCCCAACCUCAGACGAGUAGGUUUCAUUGUAGGUAUCGCCUCCUGCAAGGGAGGCUCGGGCAAGAGCACCGUAGCCCUUUCUUUGGCAUUGAUGCUGAGGAAGAGUGGCGCCAAAGUGGGACUGCUGGACGCGGAUAUAUACGGGCCAAGCCUGCCUACCCUGCUUAACAAGGAGGAGGCCAGAGUGGUGUUUGGGGCGGAGGAAGAGAGUGAAUUCGAAGAAGAAACUAAAAGAUCGAACGAGAAAACGCCAUCAACUGUUUUCCGAGGCAGAAGGGGGGCCUCAGCAGUGAGGCGGGGACGCAUUGAGUACGAAGAAGGGCCUCCGACGGCCCCAGCAGGCACCGCUGAAGAGGUCACGAAGGCAGACGCUGGGAACAGAGAGGGUUUGAGCAUGAGAUUGAUCCCCAUUAAGGUUGCCGGGAUCAAAUGCAUGUCUUACGGAUUCAUAGCGAAAAAGAACGACCAGGGGUACUCGGCUUUAAGGGGCCCAUUUGUCAGCUCCGUCGUUGAUCAAUUGCUGACUGGGACGCAGUGGGGAUCUCUCGAUUAUCUGGUGGUAGAUCUUCCGCCUGGAACUGGGGACAUUCAUAUAACGCUCACUCAGCAGCAAGUUUCUCUUGAUGGCUGCGUGGUUGUCACGACAGCGCAGGCUCUAAGUUUGGUGGACGCAGAGAAGGGCAUUCGCAUGUUGAAAAGCCUGUGCAUUCCAACUCUGUCCGUUGUUUGCAACAUGGCCUACUUCGUUUGCAGCCACUGUGACGAACGCCAUGAGCUCUUCGGCCGCCCUGAAGCAACACAGGGGCUGGCCGAGCUCAGUAGCGCGCAUCAGCUGGUUCUGCUUCCAUUCGACGUCAGACUGAAUUCCACUACCUUUGCAGGGUCGCCACGCCCGGAUGCGCGGGACUCCUUUGUGGAUAGACUAGGCCCUGAAGACCCAGUGUGGAGUGCUCUCCGGUCUCUCGCAGAUAGAGUGGCUUGCGAGCUGUCUACCCUCCGGUAUGGCUCCCUGAAGCCCCAAAUGUCCGUCACUGCCAAUGGGUCUGCUGUCCUAGUGGCUCUCGUUCGUCCCGAAGGGGCUCUGCUAGGGGAGGGCGUUCCCAUUAUGGUGAAGGAGGCUUUUGAAGUGUCGGGGGACGUCUUGCGAUCCCGGUGCAGUUGCCUGGAAUGCAAAGAGCAGCAGAAAGGAAUGCUUUCCUCGAAGGAUUCUGAUGAGCAAGUGCAUAUUGCCGACGCACUAGAAACAGGUGAUGGUACGCUAAUCAUCAACUGGAAAGAUGAACACGUGUCUCAGUUUGCUGUGAGCGAUUUGUUGGACCUGUGUAGACAGUUGCGCCUGGCUGUUGACGAAGAAGGCGGAAAGUGCCUCGCUGACCCCCAACUUGAAUGGUAA